AUGACUAAUUGGAGAAAAGCAAUGGAAGUAUUUAAUACGCAUGUUGGUGGUGUAGCUAGUGCUCACAAUGAUGCGAGAACACAACUUGAGGCUUUUAAAAAUCAACGACAAAGUGUGUCACAUUUGCUACAAGCACAGGGGCGUGAAAUGGAGGUUGCAUAUCGAACUCGAUUAACGGCAACUUUAGAUGUUACACGUUUUCUUUUGAAACAAGGUUUGCCUUUCCGUGGACAUGACGAGUCAUUGAAUUCCUCAAAUAAAGGUAACUUUCUUGAAUUGAUUGAGUGGUAUACCCAAAGAAAUGAUGAGGUUGCCAAGACCAUGAAUGAAAAUGCCCCUGGAAACAAUCAAAUGAAGUCUUCAACAGUUCAAAAGGAUUUAACACGGGCUUGUGCUGCUGAAGUCACAAAUGUCAUUCUUAAUGAUAUAAAAGACAAUAUAUUUUCUCUUAUGGUUGAUGAGUGUCGAGAUAUUUCAGUCAAAGAACAAAUGGGAGUUGUUUUAAGAUACGUGAAUAAACAUGGAUGUGUUAUUGAAAGAUUUCUUGCUAUUGUACAUGUGUCUGACACUUCUGCUAUUUCUUUAAAGAAGGCUAUUGAUGAAUUGUUUGCAAAACAUAAGUUGUCAUUAUCAAGAUUGAGAGGUCAAGGAUACGAUGGAGCUUCAAAUAUGCGAGGUGAGUAUAAUGGAUUGAAGGUUCUUAUAUUGAAGGAAAAUUCAUCUGCAAGGUAUGUCCAUUGUUUUGCUCACCAACUUCAGCUAGUUGUUGUUACAGUUGCUAAAAGCAAUCGAAUUGUGAGUGAUUUCUUCCAAUAUGUUACUAUGAUUGUGAAUAUUACUGGUGCUUCAUGCAAAAGAAAAGAUAAGUUUAGACAACUUGAACAUGAUAGACUUGUAGAAUGUUUGGAGAAAGGAGAUAUUGUUAGUGGCAAAGGAAAAAAAUCAGGAAAUCAGUUUAAAAUAACCAGGGGAUACUCGUUGGGGUUCACAUUACAUGACUAUUAUCCGUUUGAUGUCUACGUGGACUUCUGUUUUACAAGUGCUUGA